AUGGCUAAUAGGCCAAAGAAAUGGCUCCCUGACAUCAUUUCUCCCCUUCAGAGUGCAUAUGUUCCGGGACGUUUGAUUUCGGAUAAUACCCUAGUAGCUACUGAGGUGGCACAUUUUAUGUGCAAACUGAGGCAUCGGGAAGAGGGUUUCUUCUCCCUCAAGCUGGAUAUCAGUAAGGCAUAUGACCGCCUUGAGUGGAAAUUUUUGCAGGCUAUAUUGACAAAGCUGGGUUUUGACUCUAAAUGGAUUAACAUGGUGAUGAGUUGUGUUAUGUCAGUCACUUAUGCUAUUCUUGUUAAUGCCUCAAUACAGGAAUGUACUCGAGUGAGAGAAAUCUUGAACACAUAUGAAUGUGCUUCUGGAAAAAAGAUAAACUUCCAGAAGAGCAGCGUGGUGUUUAGCAGGAAUGUACCUAAAGAAUUGCAAUAUGAGUUUGCUGUUGUACUGGAAGUAAAUUGUGUAGAGGAGCAUGAUAGAUACUUGGGCUUGCCACUACGUGUGGGAAAAGCCAAGAUGGCCAACUUUCGGUAUAUCAAAGAGAAACUCACAAAGAAACUAGUUAACUGGAAGUUCAAAAUUUUAAGUUGUGCAAGAAAAGAAAUCCUCAUUAAAGCUUUUCCUCAAACUAUGCCUUUGUAUGCUAUGAAUUGUUAUUUAUUGCCAAAAGGUUUGUGUGAUGAUAUUCACCAGUUAUAUGCUUCUUUCUUUUGGGGAGAUACAGAUGACAAAAGGAGGAUUCAUUGGAGUAGCUCGGAGAGAUUGUGUCUUACCAAACAUGAGGGAGAUAUGGGUUUUAAAAAUAUCUUUGCCUAUAACCUUGCCAUGUUAGCUAAGCAGGGAUGGAGACUGGUGUCCAAACCCAACUCUUUGGUGGCUAGAGUAUUUAAAGCUCGAUAUUUUCCCAAUUGCUCUUUCUGGGAAGCACAAUUAGGCGACACACCAUCCUACUCGUGGAGAAGUAUUCUGGAAGGUAGACCGGUGUUGAAAGCGGGGGUCAAAUGGAGAGUGGGAGAUGGAGAACAGAUUCAUAUUUGGGAGGACAAAUGGAUUCCUAAUUACUCAAGGUCUCAGAUUCACAGACCGGAAAACUCAACUUCAUUCGAUAGGGUAGCUGACCUUAUUGAUCCUCACACUAGAUCUUGGAUUGCUCCAUCUGUGUCUACACUUUUUUCUCCUGAAGUCGCUGCUCAAAUACUAUCCAUCCCUUUAAGGAGAAGGGCUGUUUCGGAUAAACUCUUGUGGGAGCCCAAAAAACGGGGUUACUUCACCGUUAAGACUGCGUACUGGAUUGCCAGAGAACAAGUUCUUCGUAAUGCUCUUGCUUCUACUUCACAGGGGGAUCCUUUUAAGGAACUAUGGAAACUCCUUUGGAAAGCUAGAGUGCCUGCCAAGAUUACUACUCUGUGGGAGGAUCGUUCCAGACCGCCUUUGGUUCUUUUAUGCAAAGCUUUAGCUUGGCUGGAAGAUUUCCAGAAAGCUCAUGCUACUCUUACAGCACCGAAGCAAACAGUUAAACAUUAUUGGAGGCCUACGCAUGAAAGCAGAGUGAAAAUAAAUGUAGAUGGUGCCUUCUUACCAUCACAAGUGCAUGGGGGAGCUGGUGGUAUUGCUCGAGACCUAACUGGGCAAUUCAUGGCUACUUUUGCUCACCAUAUACCAUAUGUGAACUCUGCUAAACAGGCAGAAUUGCUUGCUAUACGAACCGGACUUGAGAUGGCAAUACAACUACAAUUGUCCUAUGUCAGUAUCGAAACAGAUUGCCUUGUAGCUGUUCAAGAAAUUAUGCACCAACAAUCUGAUUAUUCAGAGUUUGCAGCCAUUAUUGCUAACAUUCAGGAACUCUAG